AGACAGCUCUGCAACGACGGUCGACCGAUCCCAUGGACCCCUGACAAGGGCCCGGGGAGGAGCUGGCUUGAGGGCUUCCCCGGACGGCAGAGCGCUUCAGCCUUCGACUCGCCCGCAUCUACGAGUCCAAUAGGGUGACCUCCGCGGAAGAUGAACGUCUGCACCACAAGUUCUACGACUUCUGGGGCUAGUUCCUCGACGAGCAUCAGCUGGUGGCCGACCAUGUCUGGAACACGGACGAGUCAGGUGGCACCGUUCAAGGUACGCAGGGACAGCGGGUCGUGGCGGAACGGGGGCAGUCGGUGGUCGCCCAGAUGCGCUCCACCUCGCGAGGGAACUGCACGAUCAUCACCACCGUCAACGCCGCCGGCGCCGUGUUGGCCCCUACCAUCAUCUUCAAAGGGCAACGCUUCAACGGAGGUUGGGUCGCGGAUCUCAACGGCCCGCCGGGUGCGUUCUACGACUGCACGGAGUCGUCCUUAAUGUUUGGUGAGGUGUUCAUCAAGUACAUCAAGAACUUCCACAAGCAGCUCAGCGACCGCAACUUGCUCGACGGAAAACCCCAUGUGCUCGUGCUGGAUGGGCACGCGUCGCACGUCAGCUUGGACGUCAUAAAGUUGGCCAUCUCCCUCGACAUCCACCUCGUCCAGCUGCCCUCCCACAUGUCCCACAUCACCCAGCCCUUGGUCGUCGCUGGCUUUGNAAACCCCAUGUGCUCGUGCUGGAUGGGCACGCGUCGCACGUCAGCUUGGACGUCAUAA